UUAAAAUGCGUUUCGACAGUUUUAGAGGUGACGUUCUAAUUUUAUGUUCCAGCAUACUCAGCCAUUGUGAAAGACCUCUGUAGCCUACCCUGAUAUUUCCCACGUCUAGCAAAUGACCAGCGUAUUGACAAGCACUCUGAGAAGAUAUUCGACACAUUCGACCAACGUGACGCUCCUGCGGAAACUACCAUAAGAUAACAUAUAACAAUGACCUUCAGGAGGGAUAGGAGCUUCCGGGACAUUCCUGAGGAGCGUUUCCCUCCAGAGAGAACGCUUCUGUAUCCAAGAAGUGCUGCAGCAGAAAGGAGACCUGCUGCUUUUGGUCGACCUGAUGAUGAAUAUGGUCGUGGAUUUGAAUACGAUGGACCUCGCUUCUAUCCUAAUGGUGCCCCUCGAAGUUACCAUGGCGAAGAUCAAAGGGGCUACCAUGGCGACGGCCUUCACUUUGUUAACGAACAUAGGGGAGGUCCACCUGCUCGGAGAGACGACUACCCAUAUUUCAGAGGUCCCAGAGAUGAGCCACACACAGCCCGGCAAAUGGACUUCAGGACCAGCAGCCGAACCGGACCUCCUCCUGGUGUCAGAGUCCAGGGGUCCUAUCCACCACCCCGGCCGCUGUCUUCCAUGGGCCCAGACCCAGGCGACGACACGGUGAUGCAGGCCAUUCUCAGUCUGGACAGAGGAGAGGAUCGCGAUGCCCUGAGACGUAAAGGCACCUUCCCUCCACUGAGAGACCGUUCUCCCCCACCCCGCAGGGACGUGCCCCCCUCUCCGCACAGCCGCUCUGGCUCAAGCGUCAGCAGCCGCGGCUACUCCCCUGAGAGGGGCAAAGCUCACUCCUACCAGCCCCCACAGAGCAAGAGGUAUGAAGAACCAUAUGGUCCCAGCAGAGCACAAGAAAGAGACAGGCAGCCAGGUCCGUCUGUGAGUGCGUCACGAGAUGGGUCACCACACAGCUCUGUGUCAGCCUCAAAGGAUGAAGGCCCAGUAAUUGAUGGCCCACCAGAUGAGGCCCUGCCAGUCCCAGAAGAAGCGUCCAGUGUGAUGGAUGACUUCCAUGAACGAAGAGCACAGGCCAUCGCUGCCAAAGCUCGGGAAAUAGAGAAGGUCUACCGACAGGACUGUGAAACCUUUGGGAUGGUGGUGAAGAUGCUAGUUGCCAAGGAGCCCAGUCUGGAGAAGCACCUUCAGGCCCCUCUUAGGGAGAACCUGAGUGAGAUCCGUGAGCGCUGCCUUGACGACCUGCGCCAUUUCAUCUCAGAACUGGAUGAAGUUGUGCGACAGCCAGAGCCUUCCAUCUAAGGCUAAGAACACUGUAAUCCAAAAAUGAGAGUGUCACGCUUGGGUGGUAGAACCAGGACCAGCCUUUACAUUAUGAGAAUCUCCAAGCAGUAUGGAGCUGUAUGAUGUCAUGCCAUUUCUUCACAUAUCACGCAUGACAUCACCGUCAUCCACCAAAAUGAAAUUUGUUCACAACAAGAGAUUUAAUUAUGAUGUUGAUUCCUGCUGCCGUGGGGUUUUUUUUUUGUUUGGACAUUUUGUGUAACGAGAAGACACAUACAACAAGGAACCUUGCUCUUCAACUUGGAAAUUAUUCAAAAUGAAUUAAUAAAACCACCUUGAAAUAAAGGAGUUGAUUGAUUGUGAGAAUCAAUGAUUUAUUUAUUUUGAAUAUGUCUGUCAGGUGCAUCACAAGGAUAUUUAAGCUCUUGAUCUCAGUUUCAGAGUUACUAAUCAGAGUGUAAAAAAACUAAGUUGAUUUGAGUGAACAGCCACAAUCACACCUACUACACUUGUGCAUUGUCCCUG